AUGUGGGGCCUACUCCGGGGUGCGCAGCUGUCGCUGGCUGUGGCCGCCCUCGCCGCACUUCUGCCGCACUCGCUGGCGUCUGCUGUGCCGGCCCGCGGGCUGGACUGGGGCAAGAAACCCAAGCACUUCGACCUGACCUUGACAUGGCAGAACUACUCGCCCAACGGCCAGACGCGGAAGAUGAUCCUCGUCAACGGCCAGUUCCCCGCCCCCGUCCUGGAGAUAGAUGAGGGCGACGACGUCGAGGUUGUCGUCUACAACAAGUUGCCCUUCAACACCACGGUGCACUUCCACGGCAUCGAGCAGUACCUGACGCCCUGGUCCGACGGCGUCCCCGGCAUCACGCAGCACCCGAUCCAGCCGGGCAAGUCGUUCAAUUACGCCUGGACAGCAAGCCAGUACGGCAGCUACUGGUACCACGCGCACCAACAUGGUCAGCUCGACGAUGGCCUGUAUGGGCCCAUCGUGAUCCACCCCAAGAAGUCGCGGCCGGCGCCCUUCAGCCUCAUCAGCAAGGACGCCAAAGCGCUGGACGCCAUCCAGAAGGCCGCCGCCAGCCCCAAGCCGCUGAUGCUGUCCGACUACCGCCACACCGUGUCCGACGACACCAACGCCAUCCAGCAGGCGUCGGGCAUCGAGCUGACGUGCCUCGACUCGAUCCUGCUCAACGGCAAGGGCAACGUCAACUGCUGGUCGGCCCAGAAGAUCGCGUCGCUGCUCGGCCCGGACCAGCUGGCCUUUCUGCAGCUGGCCAACGUGUCGAGCUUCUCGGUCAAGGGCUGCCUGCCGCCGCAGGUCUUUGCCGCCCUCACCCUGCCGGGCCAGCCGAAGCCCAACCUGGCCGCCAUCCCGGCCGACAUCUUCGACCAGUGCACGCCGACCAAGGGCAGCCACGAGGUCAUCUCGGUGGUCAAGGAAACGUGCGACGACGACAAGUGGCUCGCGCUCGACGUCAUCGGCGGCUUCGGCUUGCUGACCACGGCCGUGGCCGUCGACGGCCUACCCAUGUACGUCUACGCCGUCGACGGCGAGUACAUCCAGCCCCAGACCGUCGACGUGCUGGUCGUGGCCAACGGCGACCGCUUCUCCGUCCUCGUCCACCCCACCAAGCCCGGCGACUACCCCCUGCGCGUGGCGUCCCUCGCCGCCCCGCAGGUCAUCUCGGCCAACGCGACCAUCGCGUACCGCGAGGAGAAGUCGAAGGGCGUCAUCGCGCCGCUGCCGAGCACCACGGUCAAGCCGCCCGCCUCCAUCGACGAUGCCGGCCGCCCCACGAGCGCCAACAUCGUCUUCUUCAGCCAAGACACGCAGCGGCCCUUCUCGCCGCCCGAGCCCUUCUUCGCGGGGCCCGCCGACCAGACCUUCAAGCUGUCGCUGCGCAUCGCGGGGCGCAGCUUCGACUGGGCGCUCAACGAGACGCAGUUCCCGGGGCCGGCCCAGGCCGACACGCCCACAUCGCCCGUCGUGCUGUUCAAGCCCGACGCCAACCGCCACGACAACCUGACCAUGUCGACGCGCAACAACACGUGGGUCGACCUGGUCUUCCUCAGCACCACCGUCCCCAUGCCGCCGCACCCCAUCCACAAGCACGGCAACAAGAUGUGGCUGCUCGGCCAGGGGUCGGGGCCGUUCAAGUGGGCGACCGUCGCCGAGGCCGCCAAGGCGAUCCCGCAGAGCUUCAACCUCGUCAACCCGCCGCGCAGGGACAGUUUCGUCACGCCGCCGGCGAACACGGAUGUCGCGUGGAUGGCCGUCCGCUACCAUGUCACCAACCCCGGCGCCUGGCUAGUGCAUUGCCACAUCCAGAGCCACUUGAUUGGCGGCAUGGCCAUGGUCAUCCAGGACGGCGUGGAUAAGUUCCCGCGCGUGCCGGCCGAGUAUCUCAACUACCACUGA